AUGCUAGCUGUGACCGUAGGUGGACUAGACCAAAGCGUGUUUGUCGAUGCCAGCUACGCUGACAACGAAGUAGACAGGCGUUCUACGACCGGGUCAGCUGUGACCGUACGUGGUACCGUAGUGUGUGCAUUCACCAAGACGCAGCCAGUGACGGCUCAGUCGACCUCGGAAGCAGAGUAUGUGGCAGCCGGGGAGGGCGUNGUCCUUGAGGACAGCAGGGGGGCUCUCGCCUUAAUCGAGAACUCGUUCAGCUCAGCGAGGAGCAAGCACAUCGACGUGCGGUUCCAUUUCAUUCGCGAUCUAUUCAAGUCGGUCAAGAUCACUGCAGAGUAUGUUCCGACUGGAGAGCAGCACGCCGACAUGCUGACCAACGUUCUUGGCAGAGAGAAGGGGGCUCUCGCCUUAAUCGAGAACUCGUUCAGCUCAGCGAGGAGCAAGCACAUCGACGUGCGGUUCCAUUUCAUUCGCGAUCUAUUCAAGUCGGUCAAGAUCACUGCAGAGGGACAGCAAUUCGUCGCGGAUGAGAACGGCGUGUUGCUCCGGAACAGGGACGACAUCCUCCAGCGGUGGGCGAGAUCCUUCAGCACCCUACUCAACACCAAAUCCCCCACCCUGAAUUCAGACAUCAUCGAACUAGUGACGCAGCGGCCAGCGACACGUGACACUCAACGGUUGGAAGAGGUGCCAGACCUCGAGGAGGUGGCACGGGCAACGAAAGGCCUCAAGAACUGGAAAGCACCCGGCCAUGACUCCCUCCCUGCCGAGUUGCUCAAGAUCGAUGACGACGAUCCCUUCGAUGCAACCAUCAAGGUGCUGUACAAGAAGGGUGACCGGUCCAACUGUAACAACUACAGGGGGAUUUCGCUACUACAAUCUCACGUAGGCAAGGUCCCCAUCAAGAUCAUCACCAACCGUCAAAGCGCCUUCUGCGAAGCCAACAACAUCCUCCUAGAGGAACAGUGCGGAUUUCGACCCGAGCGAUCCACCGUCGAGAUGUUUUUCGUCAUGCGCCGCGUCCAGGAGCUGGGGCGGAGAAAGUAAAUACCGCUUUACAUGUGCCUCGUCGACUUGAAGAAGGCGUAUGGUUCGGUCGACCGAGAGAUGCUUUGGAACGUGCUGGCCCAGGGCAGGGAUCCCCGCGAAGCUGAUCAAAGUCAUCCGCCAAUUCCACGAUGGAAUGCGGGCCCGGGUGCGAAUGGACGACGGAGAACUAUCGGACUGGUUCUUCGUGACACAGGGCGUGCGGCAAGGAUGUGUGCAAUCCCCACUGCUGUUCAACAUCUUCUUCGCCGAGGUCCUCGAGGUCAUUGUCAUCCGAUUCAGCGAGGAUGAUGUUGUUCUGCGGAGCCUGGUGUGCUUGGAGGAGGGGAA